UUGCCGCUCUCACGCCCUUGGGCCGGGCCGGGCGCCGGCUCUGCUUUCCGCUUCCGAGGCACGUUGUCCGUGGAGCCAGCCGGUGUAUGUGCGGCAAUAACAUGUCUGCCCCGCUUCCCGCCGUCGUGCCAGCCGCCCGGAAGGCUACCGCUGCGGUGAUUUUCCUUCAUGGAUUGGGAGAUACAGGGCACGGAUGGGCAGAAGCCUUUGCAGGUAUCAGAAGUUCACAUAUCAAAUAUAUCUGCCCUCAUGCACCAGUUAUGGGUGUAACAUUAAAUAUGAACAUGGCUAUGCCUUCUUGGUUUGACAUUAUUGGGCUUUCACCAGAUUCACAGGAAGAUGAACCUGGAAUUAAACAGGCAGCAGAAAAUGUAAAAGCUUUGAUAGAGCAAGAGGUGAAGAAUGGCAUUCCUUCAAACAGAAUUAUUUUGGGAGGAUUUUCUCAGGGAGGAGCUUUAUCUUUAUACACUGCUCUUACCACACAGCAGAAACUGGCAGGUGUCACUGCACUCAGUUGCUGGCUUCCGCUGCGGGCUUCAUUUCCACAGGGUCCUAUCAGUGGUGUUAAUAGAGACAUUUCUAUUCUUCAGUGCCAUGGAGAUUGUGACCCUUUAGUUCCCCUAAUGUUUGGUUCUCUUACUGCUGAAAAACUAAAAACAUUGGUAAAUCCAGCCAAUGUAACCUUCAAAACCUAUGAAGGCAUGAUGCAUAGUUCAUGUCAACAGGAAAUGAUGGAUAUCAAGCAAUUCAUCGAUAAACUCCUACCUCCAGUUGAUUGACAUCACUAAGGGGCCUUGUGUAGAAGUACACACCAGCAUCAUUGUAGUACAGUAUAAACCUUUUCCUGUGCCCAGUCUUGAAACUUAUAAUGUUUGCAGUGUUAAAAUGUUUUGCAAAUACACACCAAUGACACAGACUAAACAAUGAUCUCUUUAUGGGAAAUUUAUGAUCUUUUAAGUUUCAAUAAAUGUGUUUGUAUAAUAUGAUCCAGAAUAUACUAGCACUAAAACAGGUGAAGCAGUUAGCUUCUUUUUCCCAAAUGUAAUUCAGCAAAAUAAUAAAAUACUUCAACCAGAUUUUCUAUUACAUCAUUUGAAAAUUAUUAGUAUGCUUAAUGAAAACUUGUUCAGGUAUAAAUGAGCAGUUAAUGUUUAAACUAUUUAUGAAUGCUGUGACAGUCUAUGGAAUUAUCCCAAAAUUACUUAGUCACCAUGCAGUAUCUAUAUUUUUUAUAUAUGUAUUCAGAUAUACUUAAUGUUUAUAAUACAUAAAAAGAAUGAGGUGUUAUUACAUUAUUCCUAAUCAUAGGGAUAGUGCUUCUUAAGUGUCAAUAAAGAAUAAUAUUGCUCUCUUCAAUGAAUGGCCCUUUUAUUUUGGGGACCAGGCUUUUCUUUCCCUAUUACAAUUUCUUUAAAAUUAUAUUUAUUGAUUGAUUUUAGAGAGAGAAAGGGAAAAAGAGUGAAACAUCGAUGUGUUCCAUCAAUUAUGCAUUCACUGGUUGAUUCUUGUAUGUGCUCUGACUGGGGAUUGAACUUGCAACCUGAGCAUAUCGGGACAAUACUAACCAACUGAAGUAUACAGUCAGGGCACAAUUUCUUAAUAUCUGUUUUCCUCUCUAGAAAUGUAUUCUUUCUUUUUAUCCUUCAUGACAGACCAAAUAUUGCCUCCUUGCCAUAGACAUCUGCUGUCAAUACAUGAUGUAAUUUGACAUUCUGAAUCACAAACAUAGUGAUAUUUAAAAUGUAUUUAUACUUAUAUAAAGAAACUAAACAUCACUUCAAACUUCCUACAUUACUUGUUUUUUAAACUGUACCUCAGUCCACAGUUAGACCUAUAUAGUUAUUAGACUCUUCAGUCCAGGAAGGAAGUAAUUCUGUGGUUGUAUUUUUCUGUAAUUAACUCAAAGAAUUAUAAGGUCAUGUUCUAGUAUGUUCUGGAAUAUUGAAGAUUAAUCUUAAAAAUGAUAAUUUCUAAGAUGAUUUGCUCUAAGGUGAUUCUCCUUGUGGCAUAGAAUUUUAGUUUAUGUAUUUUGUACAUAUGUUUGAAAUCAGCUACUGUAGGAAAUGAACAAUUAGAAAAAUUUGCUUUACUUUUAUCUGCAUUGUUGACUUAUUUGAAAUUUUCACUUUAGAUGAUUAAAACUUGUGCAAACAUAAAAGUAGCAAUUAUUUGAUUUUAAGUAGUUGGAAUUUUUAGAUUAUUGUUUUUAAAACUAUUUGAAAACAAAUUCAUUGGCCAUAAAGGUUAGUUAGAACUCAAUACAUAUGGUAUAGUUACCACACAGUUUAAUAUGUAGCAAAAAUAUAUGCUUCCUAUUUUUGAACUGUUUAUUUUUCUUCUGUAUUCCAACUGACUAAAACAAUAUUAGGAGUGCAUCUUUAUAAAUGGGUGCUAAUUGAUAAUGAAAAUAAUUUAGUAAUGGACUAUAUAGAAUGUUAAUGAUGAAGCCAUAUGUUUAUGUCUGGAUAUAAACAUUUUAAACAAUCAUUUAAUAAGUCAUUUUUAUUUACCUUGAUGAAUAUAAACUUGUUUCAGUUAUACGAACCAGCAAGAUAUGAUUUAUGGCAAGAGAUAUUCCAUUCAAAUGUGCUGUAAUGUGGAAAAUGUAAAUCUUUUCCGUGGUUUCUAUCAAUGUGAAAUAAAUUUAAU